UCCAAAUCUCGAGCUUUCGGGAAGCUAAUUGUGCUCGAUAGUAGUGCGUUAUGUCGGACAAAUAAUUUAUUUAUGAUUUUUGUUAUUUUAUUUUUUACUCUACGUAACUCACGUUAGAGAAACGUAUUUUUUGGACAAGCUCUAAUUAUAAUAUGCUAAUAAAAUUGAAUCUAAUCAUUUCAUUGUGAAAAAUAAGGAUAAAAGAUGGCUGAUCGCGGAAGUUUUUUGCGACGAUUUCUAUCUGCCUUGUUUUUUCUAUUGGUGUUAGUAGAACAUAUCCCGUCUGCUCUAGCCGAAGAUGGUCACUGCAUAUGGUACGGCGUUUGUGCGAACAGCACAGAACAUAAAAUGAUGAAUUGUUUCUAUGAUGGACCCGCUAAACCGAUCGAAGAAAAGGCAAUGAAAAUAAUUGAGCAAUAUUGUCCCGAGAUAGCCAAAGGAGGUUAUUCGUGCUGCAAUUACGAACAACUGAACCAGCUCAAAGUGAAUAUCGCCCUUGCGGAAAAUUUGCUGGGGAGAUGCCCGACGUGCUUUCAGAACUUUUUGAAGCCGAUCUGUGGAAUGGCCUGCGCCGUCGAUCAGAGCAAAUACUUGAAGCCAGUUCAAACAGAACAGUUCAACGGUACACAUCGCAGGAUAUCGGAGAUCGAUUACUACCUGAGUAAAACUUUCAUGGAUGGCAUCUACAACUCAUGCUCUGAGGUUAAGCUUACGUCAACAAACGAGCGAUCCAUAAAGGUGAUGUGCGGUCAGUGGGGAGACGCGUGCUCGGCGCAACGUUGGUUCGAUAACAUGGGGGACGCUUCCAACUAUCAAGUGCCCUUCCAGAUUAACUAUAAGGCCACUGACGUGCCCGUCGAUGGGUACACGCCCUACGCUCCGAUAGCCGAGCCCUGCAAUGUCGGAACGAAGGGCAUGCCGGGCUGCUCGUGCCUGGACUGCGAGGCGUCGUGCCCCGCGCCCCCGCCGCGCCCCCCGCCCCCGCAGCCCUUCUCCAUCGCGGGUUUCGACGGCUACGCAAUCGUCAUGACCAUCGUCUUCUGUAUCUUCUCGACGCUGUUCCUCACGGGUGUCUUCUGUUGCAAUCAAACCGAAAACCUCGUAGAGUGCGGCCCCGAGACGAGCCCGCUGCACGAGCGCCGCGCCAGUACGUACCCGCCCCUACUGCAUACGCACGGUGUGUCUUCAGACAACAAUCAAGAGAUGGGAACAAACGCGUCGGGCACGCGCUGGACCAUGGAGGCCACCGAUGGCGACGAGACAGACGCGACGUUCCUCGAGAAGCUCGGUGCUGCGACGGAAUCCAAAAUUGAAGACUUCUUCCAGUGGUGGGGCUGCGUCAUGGCCUCCUCGCCUUGGCUGGUCCUCUUCUCUGGUUUGUGCGUUGUGGUGAUCCUCGGCUCCGGCAUCACGUACAUGCAGGUGACCACCGACCCCGUGGAGCUGUGGGCCUCGCCCACCUCGCGCUCCAGGGUCGAGAGGCAGCGGUUCGAUUCCUACUUCGAACCUUUCUACAGGACAGAAAUGUUAAUAAUCAGCUCGAAAGGUCUGCCCGAGAUCGAACACGCGAACCUGACGUUCGGGCCGGUGUUCAACGCCACCUUCAUGCUGGACGUGUUCGACCUGCAGUCCAAGAUCUUAGAGCUCGGCAACGAGUCCGGGAUCCAGAACAUCUGCUACGCGCCGCUGUCGUCGCCCUUCCGCGGCCCCGUCACCAGCAAGGACUGCGUGCUGCAGAGCGUGUGGGGCUGGUGGCAGAACGACAAGUCCGAGUUCUCCUACGAGGACAACGAACACCUGGACAAGAUCCUGCAGUGCUCCAGCAACCCGAUCUCGGUGGACUGCCUGUCGUCGUACGGCGGGCCCGUCCUGCCCGGCGUGGCGCUGGGCGGCUUCCUGCCGCGCGGCGACCAGCUCUCUGCCCACGCGCCCUACCACCGCGCGCAGGCACUCAUCCUCACCUUCCUCGUCAACAACAAGCAGGACAAGUCCCAGCUGAAACAAGCACUCGAGUGGGAGAAGACGUUCAUUGCGUUCAUGAAGAACUACACGGAGAAGGCGAUGCCGGGCUACAUGGACAUCGCGUACACGUCGGAGCGCUCCAUCGAGGACGAGCUGGACCGCGAGUCCAAGUCGGACGUGUACACCAUCCUCGUGUCCUACUUCAUCAUGUUCGCGUACAUCGCCAUCGCGCUCGGCCGCUUCACCACCUUCUCGCGGCUGCUCAUCGACAGCAAGAUCACGCUCGGGCUCGGCGGUGUGGUAAUCGUAUUGGCGUCUGUGGUGUGCUCCAUGGGCAUCUUCGGGUUCUAUGGAGUGGCGGCCACGCUCAUCAUCGUGGAGGUCAUCCCGUUCCUGGUACUGGCCGUCGGCGUCGACAACAUUUUCAUCCUGGUGCAGACCCACCAGCGCGAGCCGCGCCGCCCCGACGAGACCGUCGAGCAACACAUCGGUAGAAUGCUCGGCAAGGUGGGCCCGUCGAUGUUCGUGACGUCGGUGUCGGAGUCGGUGUGCUUCUUCCUGGGGGCGCUGAGCGACAUGCCGGCCGUGCGCGCCUUCGCGCUGUACGCCGCCGUGGCGCUGCUCGUGGACUUCCUGCUGCAGGUCACCUGCUUCGUGGCGCUGCUGGCGCUCGACACGCGCCGACAACUCGACAACAGGUUCGAUAUAUUCUGCUGUCUGCGGGGCACCAAAACAGACCUGGCAGAACAAGGUGAAGGAGCAUUGUACAACCUGUUUCAACAUUUCUAUGUACCUUUCCUGAUGAAGAGGGAAGUCAGAGCCUCAGUCAUGAUUAUAUUCUUUGCUUGGCUCUGCUCGUCUGUUGCUGUAGCGCCUCACAUCGACAUCGGACUAGACCAAGAGCUGUCUAUGCCCCACGACAGUUUCCAGUUGAAGUACUUCCAGCAUCUGAACCGCUAUCUGAACAUCGGUCCGCCGGUCUACUUUGUGCUCACGGACGCCGAGACGGACGCCAAGCUGAACUACUCCACCCCCGACGUGCAGAACCUGCUGUGCGGCUCGAGGUUCUGUAGACCCGACAGUCUCGCCAUGCAGAUAUAUGCUGCGUCCCGCAGCCCGGCCGACACGUACAUCGCGGCUCCAGCCAACUCCUGGCUCGACGACUUCUUCGACUGGUCUGUCUCACCGGAGUGCUGCUUCUACUUCCAGUCCAACAACAGCUUCUGUCCCAGCGACACUCAACCCGACGAUUGUGCCGCUUGCAACAUAAAGUUGGUGCAGCCGGAAGAGCGGCCCAGCCCGCAGGACUUCAGCACGUACCUGCCGUACUUCCUGCAGGACAACCCGUCGAGCCGCUGCGUCAAGGGAGGCCACGCGGCCUACUCGCACGCCGUCAACCUGCGCUCGCACAGCCAGAACACCACCGGCAUCGGCGCCACCUACUACCAGAGCUACCACACGGUCCUGCGCAGCAGCUCGGACUACUACGGCAGCCUGCGGGCGGCGCGCGCGCUGGCGGGCUCGCUCACGGAGACGCUCAACGCGCACCUCCGCGACCUGGGACACUCCGCCACCGUCAACGUCUUCCCCUACUCCGUCUUCUACGUCUUCUACGAGCAGUACCUCACCAUGUGGUCCGACACCCUCAAGAGCAUGGGCAUCUCCGUGCUCUCCAUAUUCUUCGUCACCUUCGUGCUCAUGGGCUUCGAUCUCUUCUCCGCUCUUGUAGUCGUAGUGACCAUCACUAUGAUUGUUGUUAAUCUCGGCGGCCUCAUGUACUGGUGGGGCAUCAGUUUGAAUGCAGUCUCGCUUGUAAAUUUGGUGAUGGCGGUGGGCAUAUCGGUGGAGUUCUGCUCGCACCUGGUGCACUCGUUCAGCGUGUCGGCGGGGCGCGGGCGCGGGGAGCGCGCGGCGGACGCGCUGCUGCGCAUGGGCUCGUCCGUGCUGUCCGGCAUCACGCUCACCAAGUUCGGCGGCAUCAUCGUGCUCGCCACGGCCAAGAGCCAGAUCUUCCAGGUGUUCUACUUCCGGAUGUACCUCGGGAUUGUGCUGUUCGGUGCGGCCCACGGACUCGUAUUCCUGCCGGUUAUGCUCAGUUAUAUCGGUUCGCCGGUUAACAAACAGAAGCUGGCCAACCAGAGGCGGCGCGGCAACGAGACGACGGUCGCCGAAAGUUCGCUCACACGAGUAAGACACGGCCACCCCACAUAUUACAGAGAGUACACGUUCGACUCGAUACCCUCGUGAGCUUGCACGGACGAUGUUUAGCUGAGACGCGCGGAGGCUGCGUAAACGUAAGCUAGGAAACUGUUUGUCUACUCUAAGUACUGCUAUACGACAUAAUGGCAGAAAAAAAUCUAGUUCACUCAGUCUGCCUAUAUAAGAUGAUAAGUAAAUACAUAAAAUGUUUUCUAUACAUUUUUGAAAGAGCAAAAAAACUUUAAGAACUUUAAGUAUUAACAAAUGAACACAUUUACAGUAAUAGUUAAUUCGCAUUAGUUUCGUCACAUUUAAGAUCUAAGAACCUUAAAAAUGUGUCUGCCCGUACGACCGAUAUAACAGAUUUUGGAUACAAUAGAUGUUUGACGCGCGGAAAGUAUUUAGUGUCACUUGCAAGCCGACCCCGUGUCGUUUGAGUUCGUUUACCCGGCACGACAGCUUUGUGUUACAUUGCGCGCUAUCCAUGAAUACAUAAAAAAACGAAUGUCGAAUGUUUUAGUGCUAGCUAACGUUUACACGGAAAUAUUUGAUUGUAACCUAACGGUCUAUGGGGAUUAUUUUUGCAAAUAAUGCUCAGCUAAACAUUGUAUAAUACAAUUUCGUCAGGCAAACAACGCGUCCAUGUAUGCUGUACAAUAUUAAAACAAGUCGCAUAUUAAAUGUUUCAAUUAGUAUUUUUCUAUCCGUACACACGUGAGCAGUAUUAUUUUAUUCCUGAGUGUUUUAUAUUUAGAGAAAUGCUACUUGAAAUGCUACUUACUGUUACGGCCUUGUUUUCGUAUUUUGUUUUUUAAUUUAUAUUUCGUUAAAUAUUUUUGUGACUUUGAGAACAACGUUCAGGUCAGGAUAUAUUUAGUUGUUAUUAAAUAUAUUAUAUAAAAUGCUUCAAUGUUCAUUUUGUAGAAAUAAACGAUGGAUCCGUUUUAUGUACAGCUCUGCACUGUAAUGUUAAAAUAAUGUUAUUUGUAAAAUUAAACCAUUUGAGUCUUUCUUUUCGUUUUGCUUGUAGUAAAUAAUAUAUAAUAAUUAUUAAUAUUAUAUUAACACAGUUUUACCUAACGAAGGUCACAAAAAUAUUUAUCAGGGAGAGCGGUUUUAUUUUAUUUUUUUACCUUUUUCUUUGUAUUUUGUUAAGUUAACAACACAAUAUGUUAUUUUAUAUUACACUUCCAACAAACUGGUUUCUAACCUGUUUUAUGGUACAUGGUAUAAAACUGCGUAUUUACAUUAAAGUAACAAAUGUUUUUUUUUCUAUAAUUAAUAUGCAUGCCGUUUAUUUUUUUAAUGAAGAAAUUUUAACUAUUUAUUUUCUUUUUUUUUUUUGCUGUCAACUAAAAUAAUUAUAAUUUAUUAUUGAUAUUUGUUGGUGACGUGUCGCUAUCUGCUUCCGCCGUAAUGUUCUUAUACGUUUCAAAAGAAAUUAUUAAAUAAUAACGUUUAAGACAUUGAAUAUUGGUGGUUGUUCUGAUGCAAUAUCGUGGUUGAGAACUUUUAAACAAAUGAUCAAAUAUUAAUUCUGAAGUCUCAAAUUUUAUUUUUUAUUUUCAUUCGUCAAUUAUGAAAUACACAAUUUAAAUUAUAAUACACUAAAAUGUUAAAUGAAUUGACUAAUUAAAUUAUUAUUAUUUAGAAGAUUUUGGAGCGACUAAUAUUAUUAAACGUUCAGAGAAAAUGUUUUAUUAGUAAUAAAAAACGAAGUCGCUCACUGCAAUGUUACUUAUUAAAACCGAGAACUUUGAUAGAUUUUUUUUAAUGAGUUCAAAGGGUUGGUAGCACUUUGGAGAAUAUUUAUAUGUGUGCAAAAUAUAAACUAUUUGCACUAAUAGUUUAAUACAUUAAUAAUUUAAUACAUUAAUAAUUAUUAAAUAAUUUAUAAUAUAUGUUUAACCUGUUUUUCACUUAAUUUAUGAAAUUAGUUUGAAUAUUAUUUAUUAAGAAAUGUGAACGAAAUUGAGAUUUACAAGCUAAAUGAUUUUGAGACUUAUCAGUAUGCAUUAAAGUAGGCUUUACGUAGGUGACCAUCCACCACCGUUUUCUACUGUAAAUGUAAAACAGUUACAUAAAUACUAAAUAAAUUAAAUUUAACAAAGACAAUCUUCUCUCUGGAGCAUGUUUUUUCUUGGUAAUGGGUUGGAAAAUGAAAAACAAAGCAAUAAAUGGUGUAUGGUCAAUUUUUUCAUUUCACGUUACCUCCUUAUUUAUCAUCAUGCACAUUCUGUUAAUUUAUACUUUUAAAUAAAAUAGACUAACUAACGUUGUUGGUGGCCCUUAAAUGGCUUUGUGUUCUGACUUGUAAAUUAUGCAAAAAUAAGAUGGUUCGAUAGUCAGAGCAUUAUUGAAUUAAAAUGUACUAAGUUAAAUGCAAAUUCAAAUGAAUUAGAAAUUCCAUUAGCAAGCGUUUAAGGGUGAAAUACUAAUUCGGUGUUGGUUGAAGGGCUCCUUGAUUUAAUGAAAUUAAAAUAUAUACAUAAAACGGAGCUGUCUGUCUUUACAGGUACAUCUGUAAAGCGUCACCGAAAUUGAGAAAUGUGUUUUUAUUUUAUGUAUUAUUUACACGAUCUGUAUUAUAAUAUUAUGUGAUUAAUGAGAAGAGAUUUUUUUUAUAUUAUAUACUAUAGUUUGUUAACUUCACGCGUUCCUAAUGUCAUGUUUUACAUAAAAAAUAUAAAGAACAGUUUUGUUUGUAAUAUCAAGUUUACAAAACAGGAAUCUCCUACUUAAUCGUAGUACUUAAUUUAGAGAAUGUAUUGGUCCAAAGGUUAUGGCUUAAAUGUACCGACCGACACUUAAUUUUGUCAUAGGUUUAAAUAAAUUGGGCUUUUUAUGUA